AAAUAGCGUGAUUAGAGACGCGUCAAGCACGUGUCACAGGACUCUAAUCUCUAGUCUUCUCUAACCUCGCGAUGCCCGGACAUACCCCGCAUAGAACACCUCUUAAACGUGUCUCCCAAGGGUCUCUCUUCGCUCUCUCACGAUCAGGUAACAAUCCUGAUGCGCCCCAUGGCCUUGGCUUCAUCGAGCCUGUAAUGGCAGAGCUAGUCGACGAAGUCGAGGCGCUGCAAACGAAUGUAGAGGGCCUAAGGAAGCUCAGCAACUCUUUGAAGACAUUCAAUGAAAGCUUCGCAAGCUGGCUAUAUGUCAUGGACAUGAACGCGCUUACGGUGGACUGGCCGCAGGCUCCAACGGACGCAUCCUUCCGGCUGGCUAAGCAACGAGCAGAGGAAAACGCUCGUUUGGCUGAAGAAGCUGCUCUGAAAGCAGCAUCAGCCAUUCCGCCGCCGCCAGACUCAGAGGCAGACAAGACGACGUUGACCGAAAACCAAGAGUUUGAAACGACGUACACAACGAAUGCUACGACAAGGAAUGCUUCUACUAGCAUUACGAAGACCGCAUCGACAGGUAUUCCUAAGAGGAAGGUUAAACCAAAGCUCACUGCGAAGGAGAAAAAGGACCGAUCGCUUUCACUUGAGAAGAUAGUAAUGUCUCUUCCUCUUGAGUUUCGGGGUAGUGAUCCGGGUCUCCGACGUAACAUGGAAUCUGUGAUAGAAUUCAUGAUGGACAGCGAUGGACGGGGUAUCAGACUCGUCGAACUCGUCAAACCUCCCGAUCUCAAUCAGGCACGUGUCAACAAAUGUUUAAUUGCUUUAGUGAACCGGAAGAUUGUCCGAAAGGAAAACAGUACUGGCACAGUGCUCUACCAUUGGAUCGGGUUAUCAUGAGAUCCGGUGUAGUGAUGCAUGAACAUCCUUGGUUCUCGCGCC